CACAGCCAUCACAGACCCCAGAGCUCUGCUGCAGGCCUAUAUCGAUAGUCACCCUGUGGUCAUCUUCAGUAAAUCCACAUGCAAGCACUGUACUGAGGUAAAGAAGUUAUUUAAAUCCAUGUGUGUUCCUUAUUUUCUGCUCGAACUUGAUCAAGCAGCCGACCGGCAGGGCCUGGAAGCUGCGCUCGCGGCGUUGACCUCAGAAACCGAAGUGCCCGUGGUGUUUGUGAGACGGACAAAGAUAGGCGGCCAUGAGCAGACUUUGAAGGCUUUUCAGGACGGCAGACUUCAAGCAUUACUUACAAUGAACGGCUCUGAGGAUCUUCCUGAGUCCUAUGACUUUGACCUUAUCAUCAUUGGCGGUGGCUCAGGAGGACUGGCAGCUGCUAAGGAGGCAGCCAAGUAUGACAAGAAAGUGAUGGUCUUGGAUUUUGUCACGCCAACUCCUCUUGGAACUAGAUGGGGUCUUGGAGGAACAUGUGUGAAUGUGGGUUGCAUACCUAAAAAACUAAUGCACCAAGCAGCUUUGUUAGGACAAGCCCUACAAGACUCUCGUAACUACGGAUGGAAAGUUGAGGAUACAGUUAAACACGACUGGGACAAAAUGACAGAAGCUGUACAGAACCACAUCGGCUCGCUGAACUGGGGCUACCGGGUAGCUCUGCGGGAGAAAAGGGUCACCUACGAAAAUGCUUAUGGGCAGUUUGUUGGUCCUCAUAGGAUUAAGGCAACUAAUAAUAAAGGCAAAGAAAAAAUUUACUCAGCAGAGCGAUUUCUCAUUGCAACUGGUGAGAGGCCACGUUACUUGGGCAUCCCUGGCGACAAAGAGUACUGCAUCAGCAGUGAUGAUCUUUUCUCCUUACCUUACUCCCCGGGGAAGACCCUGGUGGUUGGAGCAUCCUAUGUCGCUUUGGAAUGUGCUGGAUUUCUUGCUGGUAUUGGUUUAGAUGUCACUGUUAUGGUACGGUCAAUUCUCCUAAGAGGAUUUGACCAGGACAUGGCCAACAAAAUUGGUGAACACAUGGAAGAACAUGGUGUCAAAUUUAUACGACAAUUUGUACCAAUAAAAAUUGAGCAGAUUGAAGCCGGGACACCAGGCCGACUCAAGGUGGUAGCCCAGUCCACCACCAGUCAGGAAACCAUUGAAGGAGAGUAUAAUACGGUAUUGUUGGCAAUAGGAAGAGAUGCUUGCACAAGAAAAAUUGGUUUAGAAACUGUGGGUGUGAAGAUAAAUGAGAAGACUGGAAAAAUCCCGGUCACUGACGAGGAACAGACCAAUGUGCCUUACAUCUAUGCCAUCGGGGACAUACUGGAGGGGAAGCUGGAGCUCACCCCAGUAGCAAUCCAGGCAGGGAGACUGCUGGCUCAGAGGCUUUAUGCUGGCUCCAAGGUCAAGUGUGACUAUGAAAAUGUUCCAACAACUGUGUUUACACCUUUGGAGUAUGGUGCUUGUGGCCUUUCUGAAGAGAGAGCUGUAGAGAAAUUUGGGGAAGAAAAUAUUGAGGUUUACCACAGUUACUUCUGGCCAUUGGAGUGGACAAUUCCAUCCAGAGAUAACAACAAAUGUUAUGCAAAAAUAGUCUGUAACAUCAAAGACAAUGAACGUGUUGUGGGCUUCCACGUGUUGGGUCCAAAUGCUGGAGAAGUUACACAGGGCUUUGCUGCUGCACUGAAGUGUGGACUGACCAAAAACCAGCUGGACAGCACAAUCGGCAUCCAUCCCGUCUGUGCAGAGGUGUUUACAACGCUCUCAGUGACCAAGCGCUCUGGCGGGAACAUUCUCCAGGCUGGCUGCUGAGGUUAAGCCCCAGUGGGGGUGCUGCUGCCAAAACCUCACACCACUCAUCUCUUCCCUUACCCAAAUCUAAGGCAGAGUUCUCGGAAGGUCCUCAGGCUCACGCACCUGUGUGUCCUGUGCUUACCACCUGAGGCUUGCUUAGAUCUCCUGGGUAGGAGGUGAACAGAAGGCAGUCAGCAUCACACUGGGGUCACUAUAAUGGACUUGAAGCUGACCCUUGGCAGUGCAUCAAGGAUGCGUCCAUGAAAUCACUGUCCUGAAGCCCACGUGGUGGGCAGUGGUGGAACAACUGUCUAGUCAGUUUUAGCAUGACCUUUCCUUUGUGGGUUUUCUCUAUUCUCAGUGUCAAGCUUUCUAUGUUGAUUAUAUUUUCCUCCAUGGUGUUAAUGAUACUAGAGAUGAAACAGGUUGUCCAGAAGCAAGUCA